AUGUCGCAGAAUUCUGGUGAAGAUAGGGUUAAUGGGCCCCAGUUGGACAUGGGUGUCCACGGUCAGGGGAAGAAGUCUGGGAUGGAUUUGUAUUUUGAUAGGAUGGUUACCUACAUGGGCGAUCAUCCUGUAAUUAGUAGUGUUGGUGGGUUUUUUGCUGUUUACAUGCUUGCCGGGGCUUACAAGUCCGUACGAGUGAGAAUUAAUGGAGGUAAGCAUGGUUCUGGACAAUUCUUAAAAGGUGGUUUCGAUCCAAAGAUGAAUAUGGGAGAAGCUUUGCAGAUCUUGAAUCUCAAGGAAUCCAACUUAAAUAAGAAGACUCUGAAAGACGUGCAUAGGAAGAUCAUGUUGGCUAAUCAUCCCGAUAAAGGUGGCUCGCCUUAUGUUGCUACAAAGAUCAAUGAAGCAAAAGAUUUCAUCGAGAAGAAAGGUGUAAGGAAAUAA